GUGCUGCAGUGGAUUAGUCAGCUGCAUUUAUUUAAAGGUAGUGCAGAGACGGUGCAGCAGCUUCAGUCAGUGUGCAAGAUAGUGUCAGAUCUUCAAGAUGCAGCGAAUCUACAUGCACAGCAAUGAACACUUUGAAGUCUUCACCACUGUCCUUGCUCCUCAAGGGAGGUAUCGAUACAGAGCUGAAGCUGAAAAGAUGGUAGUGGUGCACAGCUACAGACCUCACUGGCCAGAUGAGCUGGAGCUGUCUCCGGGUGACGUCAUCCUGGUGCUGUCCAAACACGAGGAGGAGAGGUGGUUUGGGCGGCUGCAGAACGGCCAGCAGGGCUACUUCCCCGCCUCCUGUGUGAUGGAGCUGAGCCAGGUGAGGGCCUUACGAAGGAGUCUAUCUCUGAGAAACCCCGCCUGGGACAAUGAUUCAGGUGUGCGCAGCAGACAUGCAAAUGGACACAUUCGGCAGCCACUCGGGAGGGGGAGCAGAGGAGAAGGAGGAACAGGAGGAGCAGGAGGAGCAGGAGGAGCGGGGUUGGAUGGGGUCCAAGGUGAGAGCCAGGGCCCUUUCCUGGUGCGGAGGCCCCAGAGCUCUCUGCCUCAGCCCGUGGCCUCCCAACCUCAGACAAACAGAUCCCCGAGCCUGCUCCACAGGAUCUUGUCCAAGUGCCGGAAAAAGAGUGAAUGCCAGGGCGCCACCAACGGGGCCUUCGAGGGCGACUAAGAGGCCCUCCUCUUUGUCCUGGGUGGCUGAGCCGAGCUCACUUUGGUGGGGCUGCGUUGGGGGAGUAUGUUUGAACGGAAUUUGGUCUUGAAUAUCCUGAUGUGGGCUGGUACUCAUUUCCAUACUAGGUAGCAAGAUUAAACUAUGUACAAACCUAAAUCAGUGAUGUCACAGAAAGUGUUUUGCUCAUUACAUCCGAUGGGCUAUGCCUGAUGUGACAUCACUGAUGGGGGCGUGUCCACAAGUGCAACAUGUUUGAAUGUACAGAGAGCUGAGCAGCUGCUGCUUUCUGCAAUGUUUUUCAGCAUGGCAAGCUCAAAUGCCAGGCUUACGCUUUGAAUGUAUAAUAAAUAUAUAAAUACAAUCAUUGCAGUCCUAUGUGUAGCGUAACAUAGGAGUUAGUGGCAUUAAAUGAAGCAAUAAGAUGCUUA